GAAGAAAUACAGCUACAUGUGAGAAGAUCGAUGUUGGAUGCAUGUAAACAGUAACACUUCACGAUGAGCCGACGGAAGUCCUCAACUCGAGCAUCAAAGCCUGAACCGGGUUCUUCAACUGAUCUGAUCAAAGAGGUACAGCUCAUACUGCGUUCUCGUCUCUCUCAGACAUUCCUGCCAGAAGACAUUCUUGGAUUUGAAGAAGAAAAACAACAGUUACAGGAGGUGAUAAGAAGGACGGCUGUCUAUGGUGAGAGUAACUCCGUUCUGAUCACUGGUCCACGUGGUGGAGGCAAGUCAGUGCUGCUCAAAAAGUGCCUUCAAAAUCUGGAAAAUGAAGAAGAAGUUGGCACAAAUCUACUUCAAGUUCAUCUUAAUGGACUGUUACAGACGGAUGAUAAAAUAGCUCUGAAGGAGAUCACUAUUCAGCUUCAGUUAGAGAACACCCUGGGAGACAAAGUGUUUGGCUCGUUUGCUGAAACACUGCAAUUUUUACUUGACUCACUAAAAAGUGGUGAUCAGCAGAGUAAGCCCAUUCUCUUUGUGCUGGAUGAAUUUGACAUGUUCGCACUUCAUCGAAACCAAACCCUACUGUACAACCUAUUUGAUGUGGCCCAGUCGGCGCAGACUCCAAUCUGUGUGCUUGGUCUUACAUGUAGACUGGAUGUGAUUGAACUGUUGGAGAAGAGAGUCAAAUCCCGGUUUUCUCAUCGUCAAAUCCAUCUGUUCACUCAGCUGAACUUUAAUCAGUAUGUGCAAGUGUUCAGGAACUUUCUGACACUUCCCCAAAGUUUCCCCAACAAAAAGUUUGUCUCUCAGUGGAAUUCUCAUGUGCAGAGUUUAUCUCAGGAGCCGUCCAUCAUAGACAUCCUGAAGAGACAGUACAGCAUGUGUAAGGAGAUCCGAGAACUUCAGCAACUUGUGACGUAUCCUGUUUGUAAAAUCUCUACAGACCAAACAUCGUUGAUGAUUAAUGACUUUGUUGAGUCCAGGAAACUUGCCACCUGCGACUCAAAAUCUGCCAUUUUACUGGGUAUAUCUAUCCUGGAGCUUUGUCUGAUUAUCUCUAUGAAGCAUUUAAUGGAUAUAUAUGAUGGGGAGCCAUUUAACUUUGAAAUGGUGUAUAAUGAAUUUCAGAAGUUUGCACAAAGGAAAUCUUCAAUGCAGAUCUUUGACAGACCUGUUGUAUUGAAGGCUUAUGAGCAUCUGAUGGCGCUGGAACUGGUCAAACCCACCGAUGGCAUGGCUUCUAAAGUUCAGAAAGAAUACCGCCUGAUGACUCUGCUGAUCCAUCCUUCACAGCUGACCGAGACCCUCCAGAAAUACCCACAGUGCCCUACUGAGGUCAAGCAGUGGGCAAACAGCACCGUGACUACCUGAGGGGUGACGAAGACUAAAGCCUGUCCUCUAACCGCUAAGAAAGAUCUUCGAGAAUGUGACAAGACUAGAAUCCUUAAUUGACCAUUGACUUUGUGGGCUUUCAAGCUUGUCCUAGGACUGGUGAUAACAUUACAUUAGUGAAAGUCCGUACAGCCAGAAUUUGUUGUGACUGCUUAGUAAUUUGGCAUUUGAUUAGACCAGCUAUGCUGGUCAAUUACAGACAUACUGUAAUUCUUCAACCUUUUUGCAUGUUUGUAAGGUGUUCAUUCAAGCAUAUUCUGAGGACAUUAUUCUGUGUUGACCGAUAAAGUUAUGCUUUUUGUGAAGUCCGGAAAAUGGCCAAUCCAACUGGUGUCUCCACUAUCAAAUUAAAAAUGUGCAUAAAUUGUACUGAAAGUUGCUCUUUUAUAUGCGAAAAGUUUGAGGAAUUAGGGUGGACUUGUAUCAAGAUAUUUCUUGUGAGCUGUAUUAUAGCUGUGGCAGCUAGCCUGAGGAUAACUUCAUUCACAGACAGACACCUGUGAAAAACACCGGUGGAAAAGGGACUGAUGUGUCAUAGAGAACGGUGGUGGGCUAUUGUCUUUCUGAGAGCAGGUGGUUAGGGGCAGCUAUACUGGUACCCAUGGGGUGGAUCCGUGAACAAAACCACUAUGUGCCAGACACAACAGUUUAAUUUUUACGUCCAACCUUCGUGAGGGAAAAGCUUGUGUAAUGCAAUUCUCUGCAUAGCGAUGGCCUCUAGUGUGUACCUGAGACUAAGUACCUAGAAAGGACAGACUGGAGAGCUCGCUUGGUAGGUCCUUGCGCCUUCAAAAGUUGUAUAGCUCCGUCUUAGUUUCAUCUGGACAUUCCUCUUUAUGCCACAAUCCCAGUCGUUUUGGCUCAGUUUAAGAGGUUUGGGAAUAAUCACGACCUUCUAGAUUAGGUUGGUAUAAAUACCAAGAUUUGAAAUCAAUAUAAUACAUGUACACACAACAUAGUACAUGUAUGUACUAAUCUGCUACCGUAUGCCACUGGAACAAUCCUUGCAUAAAUGAGAAGAUAUUAAAGUCGCACUGUAUUAACACAAGAAUUGAUAUAGGAGAGUGUAUGAAAUCAUCUUUGUAAUGUAUGAUGUUCAUUAAAGAUAUUUUAUGACACAUUUUACAUAGUUAUCUUACAUUAUGGCAUCGGUGAUUUGGUUGGUUUGUGCUAUCUGUGA